AUGUCAUCAUUACUCCAUUUUUAUCGCGCACGUUCAGCUACUACAAUCAAUCAACUUAAACCAUUACGAAGUGUACGUUCGCAUAGUCCCGAUGAUAUUUUACAUCGACAAAAGGAAACAUCCACAUACGUAAGUGAAGACGACGAUUCAACUACUCGUGUCUCAGCAACAAGUAAUUCAUCAACAACAGAAAUGACAAAAAAGAAAAAAUCGAAAGCAGCAACGAUAGCAAAAGAUUUUAAAUCACGUGCAGCUAAUCUAAUACGACGUCGUACAACAGAAGCAACUUUAUCUGAAAAAAGUCUUAUACCAUCACGUGAAGAUGUUCAAUCAUGGGAAGAAUCAUUUGAUGCACUUUUACGACAUCGAUACGGACAAGCUUUAUUUCGUGCUUUUUUACGUACUGAAUUUAGCGAAGAAAAUCUCGAAUUUUGGCUUGCAUGUGAUGAUUUUCGUACGUGUAAAGAACCGAAGCGAUCUACUAAAGCGAAAAAAAUUUAUAUGGAUUUUAUUGCUAUUGGUGCCCCAAAGCAGGUGAAUCUUGAUACUGAAACUCGUAUGUCAACAAUAGCUAAUAUUGAUAAUCCACCAUUAGAAACAUUUGAUCGUGCUCAAAGACGUAUACAAGGAUUGAUGGAAAAAGAUUCUUAUCAACGUUUUUUGAAAUCCGAAUUAUAUAUUAAUCUAUUACGUCGUACUACAUAUCCAGCAGUUCAACGACGAACAACAACAGAAAUAACAACAAAAUCAUCCUGA